AUGGUGCUCCUCAAGGUUUUAAGGAAAACAAAGGCGAGAGAGAAAGAACUGCGGAUUCUAAUGCUCGGUCUGGACGCGGCGGGGAAAACAACAUUUGUGCGGCGCCUGAAUGGCUCUGAGGUGGACUCUGUAGCACCCACUCUUGGGUUCACAAUAUAUCCUUUUUCUUUUCAAGGGUUUCGACUCAGUGUGUGGGACGUGGGGGGCCAGCGGACUAUUCGCGCCUUCUGGAGGCAUUACUUCGAGUGUACAGACGGUCUUAUCUGGGUGGUGGAUUCCGCAGACAGAGACAGAAUGAAAAUUUGCAAAGAAGAACUGCACAGACUGCUGAAGGAAGAGCGCCUCGCCGGAGUUCCCGUGUUGAUCUUAGCGAACAAACAAGAUGUGCCCUCUGCCCUUUCGCCUGAGGGAAUCAAAGAAGCUCUGGGACUCUCAGACAUGAGUGUGUCUCGCCACUGGGCGGUCAUCCCCUGCAGCGCUAAGAACGGAACAGGCCUCUUGGAGGGCAUAAGUUGGUUGGUGUCGGACAUUGCCAACAGAGUGUUCAUCAAGCUCUAG